UCGUACAUGUUUCACUCAGUCGACCACUUCCUGCCGGCCGAACGAGCAGGUUGCCACGGCGUCCCCAGCCACGAACAACUACUGCGUACUGGAGAAAGCGAUGACGAUUGCGAGAUCAUCGGUUUGAGUGAUGAUGAGGACGACGGUGGCAGCUCCGCCGAUACUAUUAAGAGUGGUAGCCCAAGUUCAGUGUUGCCCAUCUCUGGCUCGACAGCUGACGGUAUAUCUGGGCUUGAAGCACAGGAAGGCUCGGGUUCCUCGCCUGAGAAAAAGCUCUGAGGAUGAACGUUUAGAGACACGCUCUGACGAUGCCCUGGUUUCUGCGCCCUCCUCUCCCAGGUCUCCGGAGUUUCCACCCAAGUGUUUGGGGCAACAGGAUUCAGCAGGGACGGUAUUCAAGGACCCUUCUGUGAAGAUUCGGCUGGUCGCCUUGCGGUCAUCCAUCUUGGACUCCACAUUUAUACAGAUCAACACUACGGAGGGGAGCGCGCACGGCAUCGGAAUCCCGCCGUAUCGAAACGAAGCCAUCCCGCUCGAGUCAUACCAGGAGCAGGUCGAAACUAGUACCACCCGUGACGAUUGCGUCACGCUGUUGACGCAGAACGGCUUCAAUUCCGGUGCGCUCUCAGGGACGCCGUCCUUCAUUCGCUUGCCUGGUUCCAGACAUUUCAAGAGGUCAACGUUGCUAUGGUGGACAAGCCUCUGGCGCCGGGGGACUGCGGAAGUUGGGUCAAAAUUUUCCACGACGAGGAAGCUGCUUGGCCAUGUUGUUGCCGGGAGUCCGACAACCGGCUUAACCUUCGUGACGCCAGCAGCCAGGGUAAGGGUAUUCGCCAAGGCUUUAUUGGCGCUCUCGACUCGGUCAUCAGCGGUGAAGACCUGGUGACACGAAGUAACAAAAUAACCGAAAGAGAAGUCCUCUGCGGACCUUCAUGGGGGGGUAGUCUGGGAUGAAAUAAGAAGAGUCAAAUACUAGAGUGUCGGAACUAUCACAGAUGCAUUGUUAACACCAUGAAGGGCAGCUUGGAUCUGCUAAAGAAUGCCACGAAACCAUCGGUGGGCGCCAUCAAGUACUCGAGUCUCGGGGUGUCUAU